UUGUGAAGAGAACCAAGUUAAUAAUAAUUGCAUUGCUGUUGCACGCAUACAAUAUAAACACAUUUCUGUGAACGGAAGUACAUGAAUGUUGCUCCAAAAUUAACUGAUAAACCGUGCAACUCCUUGUAUUACCAAUUCAUUUUUGAAAUAAAAGCAACGGCGAAAUUAACACUGUCGUUCAGUGGCAAUAAUUUUAACUAUAAGUUGAAAUUAACAUCGUUCAAAAGCAUAUUGACAGACUUGAGCGAAUUUUAUAUGCAGAAGAGAGUAGAGUGGAUGUAUUACUAAAAUGAAUUUGAUACUAAUAAUCGCAAGUAUUUCCGCUAUUAUAUGCCAAACAUUUGGAAGAAAUCAUGCUGACCAAAGUAAAAUUAAUUCAGGAGCACUUAAUGACGUAUGUGAAGCGAAAUCUAGUUGGACCAUCGUCGCCAACACAGAGAAUUGCCAUCAAUUUUGGAUAUGUGUUAAUGGAAAGGCAGAGAAAUUUGAUUGUGCGGCGAAUUUCUAUUUUGAUAGAGAAGAAAAGCGUUGUAAAAUAGGAGAAUGUCCAAUGGAACAAUCAACAACUAAGUGCAAAUCUCACAAUGUUCGCCACAUCGAGGGAAAUUGUGAAGCUUUUUUACUUUUUGUCAGCCAGUCACCAUCAACGCCGACCACAAAUGUAGUUGUCUUUUGCCACCUUAUGCCACCAUAGACAACAGCGAUGACUGUGAAUCGUACUAUAUGUGCUUAGAUGGUAAAGCCAAACUACGCCGGUGUCCGCGCGGUCAAU